ACGCCAUAAAAAGAAAAAAUAUAUAUCUAUCUUCAAUCUUGUCUAUGACAAAUCUUACGAAGGCGAGCUUUUCGGAUAACAAUUUAACGUUUAUAACGCUUUACUCAAUUUAAAAAAAAACUAUAAAAAUAAAAUUAUAGGUAUUUGGAUUUAUAAGGUGUUGGCAAAAUUUUAGUUCAAGAUGGCUGUAAAUGUAUACUCCACAAAUGUGACAUCGGAAAAUCUAUCCAGACAUGAUAUGUUAGCGUGGGUUAAUGAUUGCCUUCAAUCAAACUUUGCUAAAAUCGAAGAGCUAUGCACCGGAGCCGCUUAUUGUCAGUUCAUGGACAUGUUGUUUCCUGGUAGUGUUCCUAUGAAGCGUAUCAAGUUCAAGACAAACCUAGAACAUGAGUACAUUCAAAACUUCAAAAUAUUACAGGCAGCCUUUAAAAAAAUGUCUGUGGAUAAGGUAAUACCAGUGGACAAGCUGAUCAAGGGGAGGUUUCAAGAUAAUUUUGAGUUUUUGCAGUGGUUUAAAAAGUUUUUUGAUGCCAACUAUGAUGGAAGGGAGUAUGAUGCGUUUGAGGCCCGGGGUGGUUUAACGAUCGGGUCGGGCGCGUGCGAAAGCGGCGUGCCGCUGUGCGCGGGCGUGGUCCCACCGCCGCCGCGCGCGCGCCGUGCUGUGCCGAUGCACCACUCGGGCAUUAGCAAGGCGAACAGUACAGUAAGAUCUCCACCGGUCAACUUAUCCAGAAUAAAUCAAACUGGAAAAGGCGACUCCAAAGUAAUUGAUGAACUCAAUCACCAGAUAAACGAAUUAAAAGCAACAGUCGACGGCCUUGAAAAGGAAAGGGACUUCUACUUUGGAAAACUUCGGGAUAUAGAGGUGAUCUGUCAAGAGAUGGAUGAAGAGCACAAUGCUCCAAUAGUUCAAAAGAUUUUGGACAUCUUAUAUGCAACUGAGGAUGGAUUUGCGCCCCCAGAGGAAAUGGAUGGCGAAAAUCCUCACCCACCAGAGGAAGACGAAUAUUGAAAACACAACAUCUAUGCGUAUCAUAGUGCUCUUUGUAUAUUAUAAACUCGAAAUUAUAUCGCUUAAAAUCAUUGACAGCAACGAGUGCUUUGUAUUUCACAGCCAAUGAGUCAACAGUAACAGUGUAAUAGGUAAUAAAUUAACAUAGGACAGUGGCCCAAAAUGGCUUUAUGUAGUUCCUAACUUAUACAUAAAUAUUUGGAAUUUAUCGAAUGACUACCAGUAAUUCAAUGUUACAUGGAUUUGAAUAUAUUUAUACCUCUGUAUAUAUGUAAGAUGAUGUCAAUGCAGUAAUGUACACAUGGCUGUGUCAUACAUAAGCACAUUCUUUAUUUAUUAGGAGCAUAUUUUCUUGACUGAAUUUCUGUCUUAUCUUUUAUGUUUCGGUAGAAUCAUUACUUUGAAACAAAGAGUUAUAUUUGUAUGAAGGAUAGGUUUUUAAUGUGCAAUGUGGUGCAGAAAGCGUGCUUAUAUGUAUUGUCUUGAAACUGAUCGUAAUAUUUGGGCCACUGUUGCCUGUUUUAACGUGCAUUUAAUAGGUUGUUAUAAAUGGAAGAGAUUUACUGUUACUUGUUCAAUUGUGUUUUAACGAAAUUUACUGUAAUUAAAUUUGGUCGUAAAAUUACUCUAUUAUACAACAAUUAGAGUGUGAGUGAAUUAGAUCUGAUAAAUUUUGAAUUACUUUUAUUGACGAUUAUUUACAAUAAAUUGGGUAAUUGACAUGUUUCAAAAAUAGUGCAUAUAAUAUAGCCUAGGGAAUACAUAAUUGACUACAUUUUAGUUAAUCGAAUAAGAAUACCAUGUUUUUGCACUAAUAGUAACGAAUAAUAGAAACUAUGUUAAUGAUCAGAUUGAUUUGUUAAUAGGUUAGGAAGUGUCUUAGCAAAUACGUUGCGAUACUAACGACUUGUUGGCGGGAAAGAUGUUAUCGCUGGUUACACUUAAUAGAUAAUUAAUUUAUUUACUUCAAAAGCAUACAUAAAUUGCCUUUACUGCAAAUAUUAAAUCAUAAUUAUAAAAUAGCCUCUGGAUAUCAGAUCGUCGAAGUCUUAUCAAAUAAAUAACUACAUUAAUAUGAAAGUAUU